AUGGUCGAGGCCCAGCUAGCUGUGAUUGAGGCCCUGCUAGCGGUGGUUGAGGCCCCGUUGGCGGUGGUAGAGGCCCUGUUAGCUGUGGUUGAGUCCCUGCUAGCUGGGGUUGAAGUCUGGCUAGCGGUGGGUGGGGCCCGGCUAGCCCUUGUUGAGGCCCUGCUAGCAGUGGUUGGAGCCCAGCUAGCUGUGAUUGGAGCCCGGCCAGAAGUGGUUGAGGCCCAGGUAGCAGUAAUUGUGGCCCAGCUAGCUGUAGAUGAGGCCCAGUUAGCCAAAGAUGAGGCCCAGCUACCCAUGGUUGGGGCUCUGUUAGUGGUGGUUGAUGAGGUCCAGGUAGCAUCCCGGGUAGCAGUGGGAGCAACCAAGCAGGGGGCCAGGCCAUCAUUGGAUGAGACCCAGUGA